ACAUGCGGAGGUUACUUCCGGUUUCUACCACAGUAGUCGCCAGACAGUUUUCAUUGAUACAGCGCUCAACGUUUGGCUACUUUGCAGAUUCAGUACAUUUAUUUAUACAUUUGUUAAGCCAUCAUGUCGGGAAUACCACCAGAUACCUGGCAGCCACCCACAGUGAGCCUGGAGACAACGUAAGUACCGAUAGCUAGCUAACGUUAGCGAAAUGUUUUGAAUGAAUGAGCAGCUAGCUAGCUAGGAGUUAUUCAAAUGCUUGCUGUUCAAUUAUGUUUUUCCAAUACCAAAUGCUAUGUAUUGCUGUCUAUUGGUUAAUUUAAUAUCCCAUGGAAAAGGAAUGCUAUUAGCUUCAUUUAUUGUCCUCUCUUGUGUUCCAGAAUGGGUACAGUUGUAGUGGAACUGUACUGGAGACAUGCUCCCAAAACUUGCAAAAACUUUGCUGAGUUGUCCAGGAGAGGUUACUACAACAACACCAAGUUUCAUCGUAUCAUCAAGGACUUCAUGGUGCAGGGAGGAGACCCCACAGGAACAGGUGAGACAGACAAACACAUACAGAAGGGGUAGAAAUUCUUCAGAAUGCUUUGUUUCAUAUUGUUCCACUACCAGGGGAGCAUUCAGCAGGGUGCAACGUUUUUAAACGUUCAGAUAGAAAUAUGUUAUGUAGAACAAACAUGACUCUCUGACAUGUAGAAUAAGGAAUCACAUCUGCUCUCUUCAUGGAAUUUCAAUCUGCAUCGUUUGAAAACAUUUGGCAGCUGAACGUGGCCCUGGCGUUUGUCCUCCUGAGCUGUGCCCUUUUGUGUUCAGAGUGGUGAUACAUUCAGAAUGUUCCAGAGAGACAGAAAAUAAUACAUUUCACUAAACUCUAUGAUGACUGUAAAUCUGUUCAUGACAUCAGAUUCUUACUCCCUGUAAUGCGCAUUGAUUAUAGGUCGUGGCGGUGCCUCCAUAUUUGGCAAACAAUUUGAAGAUGAACUAAACCCUGACUUGAAAUUCACAGGUAACUAUACGAUUUAUAAACAGGAGAAAACAUGUCAUAGUACCAAAAUGUUGUAUUUUUCUCUACUGCUUUCUUAUGGUGCUCUCUCCCUAGGUGCAGGGAUCUUAGGGAUGGCCAAUGCAGGACCAGACACCAACGGAAGCCAGUUCUUCCUGACCCUAGGGCCUACUCAGUGGUUGGAUGGGAAGCACAGUAUCUUUGGGAGGGUGUGCCAAGGUAUAUCAGUUGUCAACCGCGUCGGCAUGGUUGAGACGAACUCACAAGACCGACCUGCCGAUGACAUAAAAAUCCUCAGGACGACUGUACCCAACUGAAACUCAUUCAUACAACCAACAGCUACUUUCUUAUUUGUACAGUAAUUGUCAUGAUUUAUUUCGUAAUAAAAAUGCCUUUGAUUAAUUUUGUUAUUCUCAAAUCAAUGUAGCCUAACUAUUGUGGUCAUUAUCACU